GGCGUGAACAAUAUGAGCCCGUACAGCUUUUCUGUGUGAUGAGCAUUUCCCAAGGCGUGUUUCAUCAUGGACUAGUUCCAGGAACUCGACCACAAGCUGGAUUGCUUCACAGACCAGCACAGUCCCUGGACUGGCUUUUCCAAACAGUUCCUUCUACCGCAACCCAUACGGUAGAGAAUUCCAACACUACCCACUGGUACCACCCUGUACAAUUCGCCGAAACGCGCGGUACGACGUGACAGACGUAUGUGAUGGAGUGCGACUCGGUGAGCAUCGCAAUACCAGUUGAUCAUUCGGGAAAGUCUCUCGGCUUCAUCCCAUGUUAAAAUUAAAACAUGUUUGAUGCCGGAUUCAAGGUUUCAGUUCACUUUUGAUUUCAGCAAGCUCUGCAUUUUUUUGCAAGAAGUACUCACGGUCUGACUUCUCCAUUCAGAGCCGUGCAUGUGAUAUUACCAGAGGUGCACACUGACUCGUGAGUAUUUAGUGCUGUAGAACCUCUGACGGGGAAGGACGACGCCUUGGCUUUAAUGGAAAGCAGGAUGGAGAUGAGACAGGUCUUGGUUAAAAAUUUCCACCUGGUUUCGUAUAACAGGUUCGACUCCCGUGGAGAAGACGACGACGACGACAAGCGUGAGGACAGCCUGGCCGAGCGGAGUGUCAGGAACAUCGACACAGGAGGCGACACCUCGUGGAGCAGAUAUUACAGACUUGCUGCAGUGUGCUUGACCCUGUUGUGUGUCCUCCUGAUUUCUGCUGUCUUAGUGCUGUGGGUCAAGUUCAACAACUUGACUACAGAAAACACCGAUUUACAAACUCAUUACAGCAAACUCCUUCUGGCGCACCGAACCGGCUACGAAAACAUGACUUUUGAUAGAGACCAGUUACAAACCAACUACAACAACCUGAUAGUCGAGAGAGACCAGUUACAAACGAACUACAAAAACCUGAUAGUCGAGAGAGACCAGUUACAAACGAACUACAAAAACCUGAUAGUCGAGAGAGACCGGUUACAGAUGAACUACAACAACCUGACCAUUGAAAGAGACCGGCUACAGACCAGCUACAACAACUUGACCAUAAAUAUAGACUGGUUACAAACCAGCUAUAACAACCUGACAGUCGAGAGAGACCGGAUACAAAUGAACUCCAACAAGUUGACCGUCAAGAUAGACCAGUUACAGUCCAGCUACAACAACCUAACAGUCGAGAGAGACCGGUUACAGACCAGCUACAACAACCUGACCACUGAGAGAGACCAGUUACAGACCAGCUACAACAACCUAACAGUCGAGAGAGACCGGUUACAGACCAGCUACAACAACCUGACCACUGAGAGAGACCAGUUACAGAACAGCUACAACAACCUGACAGUCGAGAGAGGCCGGUUACAGACCAGCUACAACAACCUGACUAUGGUGAGAGAAAAGGACCAGGAAAAAUGUAAGGAACUGACUAACAAACUGGAGACACUGCAGACAAACUACAGCACCAUGGCAAACCAGAAAGACCAGUUACAGAAGGAGAGAGAUGUACUUCGGAACAGGUUGGAAGAGCUAGCUGCACAGGGCAGAGAAGGAUGGGUCUACUUCAGCCCCAAUCUUUACUUCAUCUCUACUGAGAAGAAAAGCUGGACUGAGGGCAGACAGGACUGCAAAAAGAAUGGAGCAGAACUCGUGACCAUCAAGACCAAAGAGGAACAGGAGUUCCUUGUUCAGCAGCUGGGCAGCGAUAAGGCUUGGAUUGGUUUAAAUGACAGAAAUACAGAGGGGACCUGGAAAUGGGUGGAUGGUACAGCACUGACCACUGCGUACUGGGUUCCGGGGGAACCCAACGAUAUGGACAACGAGGACUGUGCUGAGAUUUGGGGUUUUCCGGAUAAGCAGGGCUGGAACGACAGGCCGUGCAAUGGCAAAGUGAGAUGGAUCUGUGAGAAACCUUCUCAGACUUUGCCGUGAUUAAACUCAAGCCGUCCGUCAGCAGCGAUCUCCACUGACUGCGUUACAAAAGUACCCUUGAGUACCCUCGAGUACCCCAUCCAAUUAUUACAUAAUAUUACUCUCACUAGCUAUCUAGUGCAUAUAGAUAAUAUUGAGGUACUGCAGUAAUGUCUCUCUCUAUGUAUAUAUAACUUCAGCUUACGGCAUACACGGUGUUAGUACCUGACUACUAAGCUAGCGCCUGCCACUUUAUUAGGAACACCUGUACACCUGAUUAACGCAAUAAUCCAAAUCAGCCAAUCACGUGGGAGCAUGCAAAUACGAGUCAACCUUUGCAACAAACCGCUGACUCAUUGAACCAGCGUUCCCACUGAAGCCUGGAUGUUUUUUUGGUUUUCACACCAUUCUGUACAUACUUUAGAGACUCUGUGUGUGUGUGUGUGUGUGUGUGUGUGUGUGUGUGUGUGUG